AUGUUAUUUCCUUGUAUCAGCACUAUGUUCAACUUCUAUAAAGAACAUGCUAGAUUGAAAGGUUUUAGUGUUUUCAAAAGAUCAGCAGUUAAUGUACGGGGUGGAUCUCGCAAAUAUCAAACAAUUAGUUGCGAUAAAGGAAGGAAAGCAAUUGGUGCGAAAUCAUCAAAAAGGAUAAAUUGUCCUGCAAAGAUUAAUGCAAUCCUAAGAGAAAAUGGAAUGUGGCAGAUUUCAAAAGUUAUUUCAAGUCACAAUCACGAAUUGGAACCUUCUAUGUCUAGAUUGAUGGUUGCUCACAGGUCACUGAAUAUGGAUAUGAAGAGGAGAUUGGAGGCAAACGAUAUAGCUGGCAUAAGUCCCGCAAAAAGCAUUAGGUUGCUUGAAGUUCAAGCAGGUGGACCAGAAAAUUUAAGCUGUUUGUCAAAGGAUUGUCGAAACUUCAUUGAGCGAAAGAGGAGGCUAUGA